GCCCAGGAAGUGACGGCCCAGCCCGUGGACUUCUGGAGUCGGCGAGGGCCGCGCUGCCACCGCUGUGGUCGCUGUGUUCCCGGGCCCUGGGAGAUGGAGAACGGAGCCGUGUACAGCCCCACCACGGAGGAGGAUCCGGGCCCUGCCAGGGGCGCCAGGAGUCGCCUCGCCGCCUACUUCAACCUGGGCCGGCUCAAGUUGCCUCAUCGCGUGCUGAAAUUCUUGCAGCUGUCGCUGUCCCUGCUGGCCUUUAUCUGUGAAGAAGUGGUCGCACAGUGCACCUUGUGUGGGGGCCUGUACUUUUUUGAACUUGUGAGCAGCAGCGCCUUUCUCCUGAGUCUCCUUAUACUGAUCGUGUACUGCACUCCAGUGUACGACAAGGUGGACGCCGGGAAAAUCAAGUUGUCGGAUUUAUACAUUACUGGGGUGACAGGAAUAGUGUUUUUGUUGGCGUCCAUCAUUUUUGUUGUCACACAUGACCAGACUUCAGCGGAAAUCGCUGCAACUGUGUUUGGAUUUCUCGCAAGUAUUGCAUUCCUGGUUGACGGUUGCUUGAUGGUCCAUGAAAAGCGACAGGCGUCCCAGCUGAGAAAACCCGAGACUACCACCAGGGCGGAGGCCCUCACUGAACCACUGAAUGCUUAAAGACUCUGGGCAGCAGGCGUUUCGUAAGGCGGUGACUGCGCGCCCCGGAGCCCCUGCAGAAGCUCUUGUACAGUCUGUGUAAUCGCUAAACCACUUCUCUUGGGGAGCAAGGGGAAGGGCCCAAAGGCCGUGUUACCGACAUGGGGUAGUGUGCCAGUCACCACAGAUUAGGCCGGCAGGGUUUGUUUGUUUGUUUGUUUGUUUGUUUUUAAUAACAUUUGAAAUUUGUAUCAGCGAAAUUUAUUUUUUAUUUUUUGGAGGUGAGGGCAGUUGUUUCAUGAAGUCCCAGCUCAAUUACUGAUAAAUUAUCCUCUCAUUGUUACUAGGCUUAGCCUUCAAAUUAUGCCUUAUACCUAUAUAAACAGCGUGAUGAAGUUCAUCCAUUUAGACUUUUUUUCACUUUAUUAAGUUAAUUUGCUUAACUAUGAGUUUGUUUCUUGAGGAUUACAUAAAAUUUAAUGUGUAUUUACAUGUUUAAAUUCAAUAUUUAAAAUGUUGGUUUAGGUUUUUUCUUAAAAUAUAAUGCCCAGGCCCUACUGCAUCUCCCUCAGCCUUAAGAUUACAUUGUAACAGUUCAAGAUAAUUGUUAUUAACUCUUUUAUAGCCCUGAUAGAAACUGUGUGGGAGAUGCUAGUAUUUUAUAUGUAUAAAAUCAACAUGAGCAACCCAGCAUCUGUACUGCACUUUGGUGGUUGUUGAUAUCAAGUAAAGAAAAAUAGUUUUUUGUGUAUAACACGUAGAAAAACGGGAGAAACUGCUGUCUUACCCAAGAACCAAAGAGAACAAAGAUUUACUUUUUGUGCAAUACAGUAAACUUAUAAAAGCAGGCUUGGACCACUUACCAAAAGUCCCGAGAGGCGAGUUCACGCUGUGAGGGAGAAAAUGGUUUGCUCCCCUGUUGGCACGUGGUUACUUCUGCUGAACUGAUACAGCUCUGCAGGUCCUGUCCAGCAGAGCCGUCCUUGGAGCCAGUCUUUCCAAAACCCCAGCCUUUGGGUUUUUCAUCUACUUGAGACGCUUGCCUUUCUGUCUCCUUCCCAGAAUGGUCCAUACACUGCUCCUUCGUCAGGCAGAGGUGCACUCCCGGCCCCGGCUUGCUCUUGUUGGAGGUGGUUUUAGGUGGUCCCGGGUCUCGGGCCCUUCUAAUUGCCCAGUGUUAGCAGGGUCUUCGGGGCUUUUGUCCCCUCAGAGCAAUGCCUUUGGAGGAAACCGCCUUAAGGGAGUGAGUGUCUAGGGCCCUGCCCAGGUUAGUGCUGUUGACGGUGUAAGGAGUGGUCAGACCGUUCUCAAGAGACGCUUCACAACCAGUUCUGAUAAUCUGGAAGAAUUGUCUGUUGUUGGCAGGCUGUGGUUUGCAGAAUGCACCUUUCUUACCCUCCUUCUAGAUUUCUGACUCAAAACUUAAACUUUGAUGUCCAGGUGAUGAGCCCACCCGCCAGGUCCUUCAGGAGUUUGGGGGAGUGUCCCGGGCUGGGCGUGCUAGGUCGUCUGUCUGAAAAGGUGGAAUCAUGUUUCCAGCGAGGCAGUCUAGGGACCCUGUCGUUUUUAACUUCUCAUCUGCCUUUUGUGCCUGAUAGGUCGGUUUCAGCUGCAUCCAGGUGGCUAAUGUGACUCAAAACUUGGUCAUUAUGGCCAAACACAGCUUCUGCUCUGCCUCCGUGACUCAGGACCUUAUCUGUUUGUAUCAGAGUCUGGAUGCUAGUGUUAGUGGCGGUAUCAUCAUUACCGGCUUGGGAGAUAAUGAAGCCAGUCGUGGAUGCUGUUGUUCAUCUAAGAGAGGAGAACUGGCUUGGGUCUUGGGUUCACAAGACUUGCCGGCUUACAGUCGGCAAGUUCAGGAACUUCCCACCAAACUACUGUACUGUUGCCAUAUUAAAUAUCAUCUGGACCCAGCUAGGAUUCACAGCAAACCAUCUGGACUACCUCAGGGUCCCUGCCCACGCGUUGGGUUCAGCCGAGUUUGCUGGCCGCAUCCUCAGCGGGCCUCACGUGUGCAGCUGGCGUCGAGCUCAGUUCUGGGUGUUCGGAGGUUUGCUUCCGUCUGUUCCCGGGGAGUAGGGCAGCUGGUCCUUGCCUUUUCAAAAAGAUCAGACAUUCACUGGUAUUUUGGUCACUCCAGAACUUUCUUUCACGUUGCUUUUUUAUGGGACCCGUGACCAUUUAGCCUCCCUCUCCCCUCGUAGAAGAGACUCUGAGUGAAGAGACCACUGCGGUGAAUGAAACGUCCCGGGGGCAUUGGGGCCAAAACCACUGUUCGGUCAGGAAAGGACAGACUCGGCAAACUCAAACUUAAAAUAGGUUUUAUUGUCACAUAUUAUAAAUUUAAUUUGUUACAUUUUAUACAAACAAACUGGAGUAGUUUUUAAAAAGUAUAAGGGAAAUGCACUUACAAUAUAAAAAUUUUAUAAUUGCUGUACUUAAAUUAUGUUCUGUUUGGGGACUGGGAAAUGUAUUUUUACAUUGUUUAUAGCCAAUCACUUUUGUAUUUAUCAAUUGAAAUCCCGUGGGUUUUUUUACCUUUCUCCAUGUCAAAUUUUGUAGUCUUCUUUUUAAAUAAAUCCAUCCUAUUGAC